AUGAGACUUCCAACAGUCCAAGGGUCAAUCCUGUUGGUGCACCCUACCUGUGGCCCCACUCAGCCGGGCGAUAUCGACGGCUUGGUUCGUAUCCAGACCUACGAGGCUCUGAAGGAGGAGACUAAGCAGGAGUUCCCCAUGUUCAGAUGGGCCUACCUGCCUUACAGCAUGAAGAUGGCGGGUCCUCGUGAAGCCAUUCAGCACAUGAUCAUCCGAAAGCCGGGGGCCCAUUGGGACCCGGAGGCCAAAACUCUGAGCAGUGAUUUUGGGAACUAUGGCGCCACUCACUUCAUCAUCGGCCGUGACAUGGCAGGCACCAAGAGCACCAUCGAUGGCGAGGAUUUCUAUGGCCCAUACGACGCUCAGGAGACCGGCAAGAAGUACUCCGCCGAGCUGGGGGUGACGGUGACCCACUACGAGAACAUGGUGGGACGGCGGAGGGACCGAGGAUACGAUGAUCAGCAAAGAUUGGGUAAAGCAAGAAGCACGGGAAUUUACCGGCGCAUGUUGGAUGAUCCAAGGGAUGCGUUUGGAUGA